UCAAACAGUUUUGAAAUAGUGUGCGUAUCCAUAAUUCUAUGUAAUGGUUACUUAAAAAAUUCUUGAAUUAUGAGUUUUUCUUGUUAUUAAUUCAGCAAAGUCUCUGAUUCAAAGCUAGAUUUCUCAGUGCAAUAUUUUUAGUGUGUUGAGUUACUUUUUUGUUUUAGUGUGCUGAUUUUAUUUUUGUGCUGUUUAUGCUAAUGGCAAUAUGUCACAAAAUGAACCUUUGCAUGAAUGUUUUGAACUUCAGCUAUCAGAAGUGGAAAUGUUGAAGAGCAUGUAUCCGAAGAGUACUGAAUUUUGCAUUUCUUUGCCUACUGUACUAGCUGAUAUGGACAGCUUUUUGACGGGAAAAACAAGAGAACUUCCCAAUCUUCUCGAUUUCAGCCUCAAUUUGGAAAUUCCUGAUUUUAAAGAGAAGUUAGAAAUAAAUAUCGUUCUACCUCACACUUACCCAUAUGACAAGCCAGAAGUCUCUGCUAGGUCUGUGUGCCUAAACCGCUCCCAGCAUCAUGAACUAAACUGCGCCCUCCGAAACUAUUUGAAGAGCAUUCCUGAAGGAGAUUUAUGUGUCUUACCCCUUGUGACUUGGAUUUCUGAAAAUGCGAGCAGUUUCGCCUCUUUCAAGUCGGAAGCUAUUGAAGACGUUGAAACUGAGACAGCAUCUGAAGAUAAUUUUACCAGAAUGUGGAUCUACAGCCAUCAUAUAUACAACAAGUUCAAAAGAAGAGACAUAGUGGACAUGGGUCACGAUCUAAAUUUGACCGGGUUCUCUUUGCCAGGAAAACCCGGACUCAUUUGCAUCGAAGGACUAAAAAGCAAUUGCAAUGAGUUCUUCCAAAGAAUAAAACAAAUGAGCUGGAAGAAGCUCUCGUUGGUGAAAGAAGAAACUGAUCACGAGACGAGAUUCGACUCUUUUCAGGAAAUCAGUUUUCAGGUACGAAGAGGACCGGCCAAGGAAUACCAUAUGGAUAUGGGACAGUUCUUGAAGUUCUUGGAGGAGCACAAUUGUGGAUAUGCAUUUCAAGAUUUAUUUGGUUUGGAAGGACAUACUGCCGAAGAGAAAAAAUGACGAUUUUAUUUAUGUGCCUCAAAGCAAUUCUAAAUGUAAGAUACGUGUAUAUUUAUUAUGCUCUAUGCCUGCUAUGAAUUUUUGAGAAAAUAUCCUACUUUUAUGAGUGAUACUAAGUUGGUGUGUAAAAACACACAAAUCAAUUGUUUUUAACCACAGUGAAUAAAUAACGCUUAUUUAG